GACAUUACUCCUCGCAGCUAAAAAUCUGCGGAAAACUCCUCCUCUCGAAGAAGAAGAAGAAGACAAACGUGAGGAAGUGACCCUGGUUUGCAUUUUCACAUGCUUGUUGAACUUUUUCGCUGGUUUUUGAGAUUCAGAAACUAUUUUUGAAUCAGUCACGUUUUUGUCCACGACAGACAUAGACGUGGAGAUGGAGGGUGAGUAGUAUUUGUGGAAGAGUUAAUGUUAAAGGGACAGCGCAGCUAAAAGAGUGUUGAAACAUGCUCAUGUUGAACCUCCAGCAGAGGUCCAUACAAUAACAUUACUGUGUAACGGUAAUGUUACAAGUUAUACAGUAUAGUUGUAUAACUUCGUCAAACCCUGUCAUCAAGUCACCCUGUGCUCUUAAAGCGCUCAUCCGGGUUCUUUUAAGCCUGUAUACUCUCUGUUAAACUAUAUCAGCUUCACCUCCUGUUUACAUAGUAUCUCCAAUGAUAUCAGAGUCCAUCAGAAGUAAAACAUAUGUCGAAAAAAGAUUUGUAAAAACCUUUGUUCAACUGGAGAAAAUGCAAGACACGGCUAUUUCACUGUUUUCACCUCUUAGUGACCACAUUGGACCAGACCCUGAUCCAAAAUCACAACCGUUAGACCUCAUUUUUAGGGUUGCUUCAUUUCACAAGAGUUUGGCUGUUCUGUGUAAUGUCGACAUAAACAACACUGACGGUGUACAAAGUCUUUAUUUAACUAAAAAUAGCGUUUCAUGUCCAAGAAAAGUAGGACAGGGAUAAAGGCUUGGUCCUAGUUUCUCAGUAGGACUCUUCUACUACAGAGCCAUGCUGUUGUAAUCCCUGUUCUCAGAAUGUGUUUUGUCAUUGUCUUGCUGAUAUAUGAAGGUCUUUCCUGAAAAAGUCUUUGUCUGGAUGGCAGCAGAUGUUAGCCCUUCUCUUCUUUGCAGUGUCCAUUAUUUUCCCCACAAAACCCUUAGAUUGGAUCACUUUUCCCUCAAUUCAUGCUUCAGUGGCCUGGGUUCAGAGAAGUUGUCAGUGUUUUUAGAUCACAGUUAUAUCAGGCUUCCUGUUUGCAUGGUUCACUUUAAAGUGGUGAUGAACUGUGGUUCCUGUAUGGUGUAUGGGCUCUGAGUUCUGUGUAGCCUGAAGUUAGUCAGGUAAAAAGGGCUGAUACAAGAAUCAGAGUGUGAUUCAGAGAGAGCAUGUAAAACCAUAUCUCUGUGUUCAAAAGUUUAGAUGGAAAUAAUCUAGAGAUGAUAAGAACAUGACUGUACCAGAGUUGUUGUUUUUUUGCUGCUAAAAAUAGGAAUUACAUCCAGCCAGGGCUUUGAGGCAGCUAGUUCUUUACAGCUGCCGUUUGUGAUUCAGGAGCUGACCAGGAGAUGGCACUAAGUGCUCAGACAUGAGAGUUUGAUGCAACAAAUAUAACACCCCCCACCCAAGAAAGUUUUUUUUUUCUGCCACAGAGAGUGACAGAGACUGAAGGGGAAAUAAAUCCCAGCAUUCUAAAAUUCAAAGAUAGAGCAGCAGCUCACAUUCAUAUGGUCACUCAGACACAGCUGUAAUUAAGACCAAAGAUAAUUACUGUAUGCUAUUCAUGCCUGCUAAUUUUAGUGCUAUGAUACUGUUUAUGCUGGCUUGCCUGUUUUGGCACAUUCACUGUUUUUAAUUCCACUUGUGUUUUUGAUGUCAUGGCAUGUCAACAGGUUUCCUGUGAGCAAAUAUUAUAACUCUUCCUUGGAAACAAGCAACCACCUUUCUUUGUGGUAGAAAAGCAUGUCAGACAUAAUUGUGUCAUUGUUCGGUUUCAGGUACUAUAGCGUCACUCAUGCUCCCGGAGGUAAUCCUCAACAGCUGUGUUUUUAUCUCCUUAUUUUAAUUCCACAUUGGUUUAUAAAACUAAGACAAAAGAGGAAAUGUGAGAGAGGACAAAAAGGGUUAUAGUAGCAAAGAAGCGAUGCACUGCUUGUGGAAACCUGUGCAGAUUUUUGGUAAUUGAUGUUUGAUCAUUUAGCCCGGAGGUGUGGGAUAUUGAAAAAAGUGAUGUCUUCGGGGGGAUUUUGCCAAGAACAAUAACUGAAAAAUGUCCUUCCCUUAAAAAUUUGAAUACUGGUCGGGCAUAAAAAAGAGACUCUGAUUUGCUGCACCUGCUGGGUGUGUAAAUAUGCAGAAAGAGUCACUUAAGGGUUUAGGUACUCAGCGUGACUCACAGGUGUCCGCACAAGUGUUUCAUUGCUCAUCAGGCAGGGCUCAGUCUUCAGGAGAGAAGUGGGUCAUGUUUUUCUUCCCUGGAACCUCUCAUCACCUUAGCUGUCAUCAGAGGAAGGGUGAUCUGACUCUGUGGACUGGAUUGUUUCCAUGACUGCAGUCAGACAGGACUGUCUGCUCCUAAGAUCAUACCACUCUGUCAUCUGUUCCUCAGUCUAAAAUCUGUCCCUGUCAUUAAUAGGACAUGCUUGACAUGACUUGAUUCUGAUCCAAAAGUUCAUAAUUCUUCAACAUCAGUUCAUUAAAGGUUAAUUCAGUUGCAUCACAGAUUUUUUCAUGAUGAUGGAGAUUCUCCAAGAGACAAUCCUGUUAGUUUUACAGCUGUUGGAGGACAAUAAUCAGUCAAUGUCCUCAGAUAUAACCUAGAAGGAGUUAUACAGACGGGUUUAAUAAACUCCGACAACACAGAGCUGGAACAAAGACAAACAAAUAAAAACAGAGAAAAAAAAUGAGACAGAACAAAGAGAAAGAAGUGACUUAGUUUUGUUAUUUGUCCUUGAGAGAGACAGUUGAGUAAGACUUUGUUUGUUUGUGUGUAAAUGUCUCUGAAACAUGUCAAACUAAGACUGUGCUGGACUCUUGGCUGUGUACAUUCAGUCCUCCAUUCACCAUCAUUUUCACUGGCCAGGUGUUUAUGGUAUCUAGGGCUGGGCGAUAUGAGGAAAAGUUAAUCCCGAUAUAUUUUUAUCAUAUCACUCAAUAUUGAUAUACACCAAUAUAAAAAACUCACUUGUCAAUCUUAAAUGUUCCCUGUUACUCUUAAAUGAAAUUUAGCAGUGCUUAAAGGUAGCAUGUCUAAUAAGCUACUGCAUCUGUGAGGUCUUUGUGUCUCUUUGACGUUUUGUCGUAAGGCGUUGCGCUAGAGAAAGCGCACAGAAUGGUUUGCUGUUUUGGCUGCACAGGCUCCAUGGGCUCCUUGGGCUCCGCUCAGGGUUAGUAACCUUUUGCAUUGCGUGUGCUCUGCUGUGUGGCACUGUCUCAGGUGGUAAAAAAGAUUUGGGGUAUUCCCCGACUUUGCGAGAACAUGUACUCGACAUAAUUUACAGUGCACACUACUCUGCCUCAUGUCCGACCUCAAAAAAACAAAAUACCUCCACACCACCAACGUUUUCGUACCAGUGUUGUCGACGAUGUUGUCAUCUGUUGAGCCUUCAUCCGCAUUUCUGCCGGGGUUAGCACUCAUUUUCUUUUUUUCUCACUGACAGUGCUGUCGGCUUCAUGUGUUAAUGUGCUAUGGCUGCGUGUAGCUGCAGCCUGCUACUACGCAGUUGUUUGCUACUUGGUUCUAAUUCAGCACAUGAUUGGUUCAGUGCGAAGCAGACUUGGAGCAACUCCCCUUUUCAUUGGCUAUUCAUACAGUCUAACCAAACAUGGAAGAAUGCCAGCUAUUGAAAAGGAUAUUGACCAUGUUUCAUAUACUGAGCGAAAUUAAUUUUCGAUAUACAAAACCCAAUUCUAUUAAAGUUGGGAAAUUGUGAUAAACGUAAAUAAAAACAGAAUACAAUGAUUUGCAAAUCCUUUUCAACUUAUAUUCAAUUUAAUACACUACAAACUCAACAAAUUUAAAAUUCAAACUCAAAAACUCUUUUUUUUUUUUUUUGCAAAUAAUAAUUAACUCAGAAUUUCAUGGCUGCAACACGUGCCAAAGUAGUUGGGACAGGGGCAUGUUUACCACUGUGUUACAUCACCUUUCCUUUUAACAACACUCAAACGUUUGGGAACUGAGGAGACUAAUUGUUGAAGCUUUGAAGGUGGAAUUCUUUCCCAUUCUUGCUUGAUGUACAGCUUCAGUUGUUCAAAAGUCCGGGGUCUCCGUUGUCGUAUUUUAUGCUUCAUAAUGCACCACACAUUUUCAAUGGGAGACAGGUCUGGAUUGCAGGCAGGCCAGUCAAGUACCCGCAUUCUUUUACUACAAAGCCACGCUGUUGUAACACGUGCAGAAUGUGGCUUGGCACUGUCUUUCGGCAUUGGCUGAAAUAAGCAGGGGCGUCUAUGAAAAAGACGUUGCUUGGAUGGCAGCACAUGUUGCUGCAAAACCUGUAUGUACCUUUCAGCAUUAAUGUUGCCUUCACAGAUGUGUUAGUUACCCAUGCCUUGGGCACUAAUGCACCCCCAUACCAUCACAGAUGCUGGCUUUUGAACUUCGCGUCAAUAACAGUCCGGAUGGUUCUUUUCCUCUUUGGCCCGGAGGACACGACGUCCACUAUUUCCAAAAAACAGUUUGAAAUGUGGACUCAUCAGACCACAGAACACUUUUCCACUUUGCAUCAGUCCAUCUUCGAUGAGCUCGGGCCCAGAGAAGCUGGCGGUAUUUCUGGAUGUUGUUGAUGAAUGGCUUUCACUUUGCAUAGUAGAGUUUUAACUUACACUUACAGAUGUAGCAACAAACUGUAUUUACUGACAGUGGUUUUCUGAAGUGUUCCUGAGCCCAUGUGGUGAUAUCCUUUGUAAUAUCCAUUGAUCUCUGUUUUUGAUACAGUGCCACCUGAGAGAUCGAAGGUCACGUGCAUUCAAUGUUGGUUUCCGGCCGUGCCGCUUACAUGCAGUGAUUUCUCCAGAUUCUCUGAACCUUUUGAUGAUAUUAUGGACCGUAGAUGUUGAAAUCCCUGAAUUCCUUGCAAUUGUACUUUGAGAAACGUUCUUUAAACUGUUCGACUAUUUGCUCACGCAGUUGUUCACAAAGUGGCGAACCUCGCCCCAUCCUUGCUUGUGAAUGACUGAGAAUUUUUGGGGAAGCUACUUUUAUACCCAAUCAUGGUACCCACCUGUUCCCAAUUAACCUGCUCACCUUUGGGAUGUUGUAAAUAGGUGUUUAAUGAGCAUUCCUCAGAUUUCUCAGUAGUUUUUUGCCACCUUUCCCAACUUCUUUGGCAGGUGUUGCAGCCAUCAAAUUCUGAGUUAAUUAUUAUUUGCCAAAAAAAAAAAGUUAUGAAUUUGAACAUUAAAUAUCUUGUCUUUGUAGUGUAUUAAAUUAAAUAUAGGUUGAAAAUGAUUUGCAAAUCAUUGUAUUCGGUUUCUCAAAGGUUUGCAUGCUACAAACAUGAGAUGAGGUUUAAGGACAUUACUGAGUGUUCUCCACCACACUGUGCAGACUGAUAUCCUAGCAUCUGAAGGUUCUGACAGCCUCAGGUUUUUGGGAGGAAGCAGAGGGCUGGGUGGGAAUGUCAACUGAAGUGCCUUUUCUAGUGGGGAUUGAGCGUUUUUGGUAGUUUAUCAGGGGGAUGCUGCAUUAAUUACUUUUAGAGAAUUGACUUCCUUGUUGCACAGCUCGAAUAUAGCUUUACAUCUGUCCAGCUCCUCUCUGUCUUCAAGGUUUGGAGAUGUCUUCAGAGAAGCAGCUGCCAUGUUUGUUCUGAGGUGCCCGCCUCUCACAUGGCCAGCUGUCACUGUGCAGAGGACAGGGAAUCUAUCAAAAGAACAAUCAUGGGAUGGUUGUGAUGGAAAUAAUUGAUUUAGAUCAGGAAAUCAUUUUUAAUCUCAACGCAUCCUCAUUCUUGAGAUAGCUGUUCCGGCUUGUGUUUAUCUGUGGAAACCCAGGCAAUGAAACAUGUAACUAGACCUGUCUGAUGUUAGUCAAAGUCAUAACCGUAAAAGUGAGAUCCUCAAUGAUCAAGUAUGAAGGGACAGUCCAGUCUUGAACUCUUGAACACUCCCUCUCUCACGUAGAUCAGGAAGUCCCUGAAAGCCUGUUGUCGCUAACCUGCACAACAGGUUUUGUGUCAGACCUGCACGUGUUGACAACUAGAUAUGUAGGUCACUUCAAACAAAGGCUGUGUAUAAUUCGGUGACUGUGUAAGUUGUAAGAAAUGAUAAAGGAGGACAAAUGUUGAUCUUUAGCUUUCUUAUGAAAAUGAUCACAUUAUCUGGAAAACCUAUGUUUGUAGUAGUGGCAGCAUUCCCAAUAAUAAAGAAACAUAAAAUGAUCUCCAAUACAAAAGCUUUAACUUUGAGUGUAAAAAAAAUGUAUUUUAAAUCUCCACUAAAUGAGUGAUAGCAGAAAAACAGUGACAGAACAGUAAAAACAAACAGAUAUUACACUGAAACAACUCUGAAUGCCUCCAUAGAGGAAUCGUUUUUUAUUGAUUUUUGCUCUUGAAUAAAUGAGCAUUAGAUGCAGCCAAAGGUUCUGUAGACUCUAAUAUGAAAAUAAGAAAAAGACAAAAGCAGUUUUUUAAUCAAUUUUGUAAAUAUAUUUCUUCAGGUCAAAUUAACCUUAAAACCCGUAUUUGUGUCGUCCUAACAGAAGCAUUGGUUAGAGCCCCGAUUCCUCCAGACCUUAGGAAGAUCCUCGGUGUUGAGGUAAGCAGAUAGUCCUCAGUGGAUGUGAUGAUGUCCACUGAGGACAUAGUGCACUUUUUCUGUCUUUUGAAUGAUCCUCAGACUUUCUCGCAGAGAGUAAUGUGACUUUACGUAAAUUCGAGCUGAGUCUAAUUUGUCCAAAAAUCAACCCUUCAGUCCUUUCAUUUGUGUUUGAAAUACUCAUGUCUGUAGAUGUAGAAUAAUUACUUAUUAUUGUUUAGCCUUGUAAAUACAGACACAAAGUUUAAAAGGCAGUGUUGAUAUCAGGUCAGACUGAAUCGUAUCUUGCUGUUGUGUCUUUAUAAAUGAUUAAAAGUUUGGUUCUGAUCUGUUCUUCUUGUAAAGCAUCUUUGGAUAACGUUUGAUGUGAAUUGGGGCCGAUCAAGACUCUGGUGUAGGCAUUACUUUUAACAACUUUGAAACUUCCUACUCCAUGCUGGGUUUACCUCUGCAGCAUAAAUGCCUGAUCAUCUGCUCAGUCAAUGCACAGACACUUCACUCAGGCUUACUCCAACAGUCUGGAUCCAAACAGAGACCUGUUUCCUUCUGAUUUAUUUACAAUCUAUGAGUUUGUCAAAAUAACAAUUCAGUGGUUAACGGUCAAACCAAAGAUGGGUCAGUCUUUUCUGGGGUUCCGUCCAGGAACCGAACAGUGUUUCGUAGUCUCUCUGUAAAAAUAUUUCUCUGAUGUCUCAUUACCAGUCUAAGACCAGCUCUAAAGCAGAAGCCUUCACCAGGGCGUUUCUGAAGAACAGUAUGCAGCGGACCUCAAAGCACGACCUGGACAGCAUGCUGUCUUACAAAGCUGUGAUUCUGGGCUUUACCAGACCCCAGAAGGACAAGUCCAAGAGGAGCAGCAAGAGAGCCAAAGGACUGAGCGCUAAGCAGAAACGGAAAAUGAAAGUCUUCCAGAUCAAACCUGAGCACCAGAGGUUGGGAAUCUGACCCAUACCAGUAAUCUUAUAGAAACACUAUGUCCUAGAUUUCUGGUAAGCCAGUUUUGACCCUCUUGAUUUCAUGUCUUUAUUGUAGGUAUGAGCUGUUCCUGCCUCUGCAUGAGCUCUGGAGACAAUACAUCAUUGACCUGUGUGGAUUGAAACCAACAAGGUAGAUGAUCUCAGUGCUGCUCAGACUAUGGACCCUCACAUACAACUAUAGAAAACCAAUAGUAGAUGACUGUGAUCUUAGAGCCUUCAACACUGCAUUAACAGCAAACAUGACUGUAGUAGAAGUCGCUGCAUGGGCUCAGACAUACAUCCAAAAACCAUUGUCUAUGAACACAGUUACAGACAGGAGAAAAAAUAAAUAAAUAAAUAAAUAUAUAUAUAUAUAUAUAUAUAUAUAUAUAUAUAUAUAUAUAUAUAUAUAUAUAUAUAUAUAUAUAUAUAUAUAUACGAUCAAGAAACGUUGGCAUCUAUUUUGGCCCAAGCCUGACUAAUCAAAGUUAGACGUUCCUUUUGUAAAUCAUGGACACAUCCACCUGUCCUGUGUCAGCACACAGUUCAAAAGCCAGAGUCUGUGAUGGGAUAGAGAUGCAAAGCAUGGGUACUUUACACAUCCGGGAAGGCCUCAGUUAAUUCUGAACAAUAUCUACAGGUUUAGGAGCAACAUCUGCUGCCGUUCAGACAAAGACUUUUUCAGGGAAGACCUUCAUAUUUCAGCAAGACAAUGACAAACCACAUUCUCAAAACAGGGAUUACAACAGCAUGGCUCUGUAGUAGAAGAGUCCUGCUGAGAAACUGGUCUGCCUACAGUCCUGACUCGUCCCCCAUUGAAAACAUUUGGAGCAUCAUGAAUUAAAAAAUACAACAAGACAGACCCUGAACUGUUGAGCAUCUGAAAUCUUAAAAAAUAAGAAAAGAAUAACAGAAAUUUCAUUAAAAAAAACUCCUGGAACUAUUUUUGUAUUGGUUCCCAAUCAUUUUCAGAGUUUUCAAAAAAGAGUUGAUGCAGCGCAAUAGUAAACACGUCUCUGUCACAGCUUUUUGAAAUAUGUGCUGACAUUGAAUCUUACAUGAGCAUGUACUUUUUAUAAGCUGAUAACAUGUUUCAGUUUAAACAUCUGAGAUGUUGUUUUUAGACUGGGCUCAAUGAUUUUCAAAAACCAACAUUUGUCAAAGUAUCCAGCUCUUCAGGGUUUGGGGUUUUUACUUUAACUGCAUAUAUUUGACGUUGUGUGUUGUGUUUUUACAGCAGUCCACAGUCUGUGCAGCAAAAGCUUCUGAAGGCAGACUUCCAUGGAGCCAUCAUCACUGGUAAAUAUUCAUUUUGACUAAAAUAACCAACCACUGAGUUUAAUCAGAGAAGAUUUUUUUGUGUUGGAGUUCAGAUGAAGUUGCUCAUAUUUAUCAGAUCAGGUUUUGUUAGCGUUAUCACUGGAGUCAAAGGAACCAAAGCAGUCAGCAACCAUGCAGAUAUGAGCUAAAAGAAGAGAGGUUUGUUAAUGCCUUCUGAAAUACACCUGUGUUUCAUGAAUUGAUUCAAAAUCCAUCUGAAACAUGUUUCUGGCUCAAACAUAAUAAGAUUGUAAUGUGUAAGCAGUAUGAUAGCUGUUGUAAUUAUAAAAUUGUUAAAGCAGAAAAAACAAUUUCAAAAAACAAUAAUAUGAUGAUGUCAGUAAUUUAUAUCAGCUGACUGUCUUUGUAAUACUGAGCAUGGGUAUCGUCCAUUGAAAAAACUGAUAGUGAUGGACAGCUGGUUUUAGAAUGGUGUUGUUUGUUGUCUGUCUCUGUCUCUCAGUGGUUCGCUCUAAAUGUCCGUCAUAUGUGGGGACAACAGGGAUUCUGGUCCAAGAAUUCAAACAUGUUUUCAAAAUCAUCACCAAAGAAGACAAACUCAAAGGUAAAAAGGGACUCACCAAACUCAACUCCUGCAUGUUGUCUCAUUUCUACAUUAGAGUUCAAAUGUAUGUUUUUGCGGAGGCGAAAUUUCGUGGAUAACAUGCAUUAUCCCUCUGUUUUGUUUCCAUUCUUCCACAUUUGUUGUGUGACAGUGAUCCCGAAGAGGAACAGCGUGUUUGAAGUGGAGAUCAACGGCUUCAUCUCCCACAUCUACGGAAGCAAGUUUGAGCAGCGAGCCAGUGAACGCUCUGCCAAGAAAUUCAAAGUUAAAGGAACCAUUGACUUGUGACAGGGCAGAGGGUCACACCAGUGUGUGCAGCAUGCAACAUCCAGGUCCUCUGGUUUGGACCAAUGCUGACUGAAUGCAGGUCCUGAACCAUAUCUGGUCUACAUCAGUUCCUGUCUUUGAUUCUUGAGUGGACUCCAGCUCAUGCAUGGUUUUUAUUUAUGGGUUAUUUUUCUGAGCCUUGUGUUCAAUACUCUAUAUUUUAUUUGUAUUUUAUAUACUGCAGCAGUAUGAAGACAGUGAGUGGAGUAAGGGAGCAGAGUUUGUGUGAAAGAGACUCUAAAUGAGGGAAAUAAAUCAUGCUCCCAGGUAGUUCCAGGUACUUUGUUUUGUGCAGUGUGUGGAGUCUUUGACAGAAAAACCCGACAGGUAGCUGCAACAUUUUAUUCAUGCAGAUGAACAAUCUUCACCCUGCCAGCCAUGUGCAUAUCUGCUCUGCUCACAGAACCGGAGUUGAUGGUCACUGCCAAGUCGGUAUGAAAGUUUUGAGGCAUUAUUGGUGCAUGACAAUAAACAUGCCAGUGUGGAAAAAAAGGGACUCAAGAUCAACAGCAUAACUCCCACUGCAAUGAAAUACAAUACAAUUAAAAUGCAUACGAAAGAAAGUUGUUUUAUUUUUUACAUGUUUUACUUAAGAUUGCACUUUAACUAUAUUGUACUACAUGCAUAUUGCAUUAAAUGAUUCAGUGCAAAUAAAUAUGAAAUAACUUUAACAUAGCUGACAGGUGUAGUCAGUAACGUAUACUGUUUACUGUAUCCACACCUGCCCCUUUAAUGUGUGAGACAUGUCAGGCGGUGAAUGAACAGCUGAUGUGUUAGAAACAGAGAAAAGGUAUGAGGAUGAGCCGCUGUUGACUGGGUCACUACAUCUCCAGAGUUACUGCUGUUUGUGGGGGAGGUUAGUCUGGAGGGGUAAGCAUCUACCAAAAGUAGUCCAAAGAGGGAAGACCAGUGAACAAACCAAUCACAGGGUCAAAUGGUCCUUGUGGACAGCAAAGGAUGGUCUGUGUGGUUCAACAGAAGAGCUCAAGUAAUUAACUUGGUUCUAUGAGAAAUGUGCCAGAACACAGCCCAUUGUCUAUUGUCCAUUGUUUUUUGGACUACAGAGCCCCAGAUUGGUCUAGUCAUCCGAAUAGACCCCUGUCCGCAGUCAAAAGAACCUAAAAUGGUCACAUGAGCAUCAGAUCUGGGCCAUGGAGCACCUGAAGAAAGUGGUCUGGAAGAACAUAACAUGGUUCACUUUGUCUUCAAAGAUCUCAACCCCAGAUCUCAACCCAGUCAAGCAUCUGUGGUAUCUACUAGAUAACCAAGGUUGAUCCACAAAGGUCCAACAGUCUGCUGCUGGUGUCUUGGUGCCAAAUACCACAGCACACCUUUGGAGGUCUAGUGGAAUCUAGGGCUGGGCAAUUAACCGAAAUGUACUGAUACCAAAGUUUACAACAAUAACCAAUGACAUUUUGCCCAUGUCAAUAUAUUUGGUGUCAAAAAAAUAAAAAUUGGUUUUAUAUGUGUCUAGGCAGGCUUUAAUCUUAUGUCCCUUUAAGACGCUGUCCUACGUCACAGACGUGAGUCUGCCCCAUCCAGUCCGUAACAAAGAGGGAGAGACAAGUGAGGAGAUGGAGGACGGUUCAAAAGUUGUAGCGGCUGGGGCGGUGGCUGAAGUAGAGGAGGUUAAUGCGGGAGGGGGUAAGCAGCUUGGGGAAUAGUUAUUGUUUAUUUAUUGCUAUGGAGGUGAACUGCUCAAUAUAUCGUUAUAUUGAUUUGAGGCCAUAUCGCCCAGCCCUCGUGGAAUCCAUGUCCUCUGAAGUCAGGCCUGUGGGCCCUAAACAGGGUGUUGUGACUGAUCUUUGUUAUCUGCUGAAGUCCCACAGAACAGCAGAGAUGGACGCAGUGAUGUGUGCUGGUUGGUCCAGGCUUCAGGCUCUCUGUAUAUCACAAAUAUAUUAUUUUUGUUAACACACAAAUAGGAAUAUAAAGCUUCUUCCUGCUAAUUUUAACUUGUGGAAAAUUUGCAGG